AUGAACACCCUUCCUGUCAGCAAACUAAUGCCCACUCUCCAGAAUAACCCAGGCCUCACAGCGAAAGGCUGGCAAGUCCUGAAAGUCGACUACAGCAAUAGCAACAGCCUCCAGUAUGCCCUAGCGGGCAUCGACACUGUUAUCUCCACCAUAUCAGGAGAAGCAGAGAUAGCCCUAAUCGAUGCCGCCGCCCAUGUCCGCGUCCGGCGCUUCGUCCCAUCCGAAUUCAAAGGACCCCCAUCCUCGUGCCCAGCAGCAAACUUCCUCGACCGCGGAAACUUGACUAGUCUCGCCCGCUUGCAAUACUACUCGCAGCGCGGUAUGCAGUACGCGGUUUUCGCCUGCGGGAUCUUCUACGAACGCUUUGCGCCAGGCGGCAUGGCUACCUUCCAACUCGGUAGCGGUACGUAUAUAGACGGCGAGGGGGAUUACCUGAUGAAUGUCCGCACGAUGAAGGCUGAGGUUCCGUAUUUCAAUGCGUUGGGUGCGCCUGUGUUCGUGUGCAUGACGUCCGCGCAGGACUUGGCAAGGUAUAUUGUUGCCGCGCUGGAUUUGCCGCAGUGGGAGACAGAGUUUAGGAUAUGCGGCGAUCGGAUGACCCUGGGUGAUAUUGUAAGCGAGGCUGAGCUCAUGAGAGGUGUCGAGUUUGAAAAGGCAAUUCUCACCAACGAUGCCAUUGGAAAUGCCCUGGCCCAUGCGAAAGCUUCCGGGAAUCUGCCGCAGCAAUCGCGACUGCACUGCCUGCUGGCGACCGUAGCUGGUUGUUAUGACUUUGGAGAUCCAAAUUUGCAUACUCCAGUCCACAUUAGCCCGCAGACAUUCCGCGACUGGCUCCGUAGCGCGUGGGCCCCAGUGUUACAAUAA